AUGACCACGGUCCUCGAAGUGAGUGAGGCAGACAGCGUCACGGGACAUUCCUAUAGCUUGGCGAUAACUGCUCCAGAUCGUGUGACUUUUGUGAAGGGAACCUGCAGAGAAGAGGCUAGGUGGUGGGCUGAUGUUCUAAGCGUGUAUCCCCGGAGUAAGGGUCGUCACAAACGCAACGCGACAUUCCCCGGGGGUCAAACAGCAAGUUUACUACAAUCUACUACGACGAGAACUCCUGUCAUUGCAGAGUAUUCAGCAGAUGCGUCAACACUUCGCGAUGCUGCAGACUGCACCAGGCCCCGAUACAAUUGUGGUGGUACCACCACCUGGCCUGGGCCGAGGGUGCAACCGCCGCAACCGGAAAUCCCGAGCCUUACUCCCACCAAUAUUGACACCAAAGUGUAUACGGACCAGCCAGUAUCAUCAGCUUCUCCACCAACAAGGGACAAGAUUAACGGUGAAGAAAAAGCGCGUUCACGACGUAGAGACACUUGGCCUGAACCAGUCUCUGCAGCUUCCAACGACGAUGCCAAUGUGGUGCGGUCGCCUCUCCUGCAACAGCAACACCAGCAAUACGACGAGCAGCUGCGAGACAUAGCUGCUUCAUUGACGAGGCCCAGAUCCCGUCGUGCUUUGCCCCCAACUCUUGAAAGACCCACUCGCUUACCAGCGCCUGAUAGACUACCGGCCCGAGGAUCACCUGAUGGCGGAGUACCAGCGGAAGAAAAUUUAACCAGCUCGGCAAGCGAAGGCAGCGAGCCUACCGAUGCAGCAGAGGCCGCUGAGAGCGCUGAAGGGGUGCGCGUUGAACUACCGGCAGAACGACUCUUACAUGCAAGAGCUGGUUGGUUGCAGCGCCGUGGCCCAUCUGGCUGGUCUCGACACUGGUUCGUGUUACGAGGAGCAGCACUGCUCUACUUCAGAGAUCCUCACGCAGAACAUCGAGGCCUAAUGGACGGUGUCAUUGACCUGAGUGGAGUGGCGCGUGUUGUCGAACUACCCACCUCAGCAUCCACCAAUGGCUAUGCUUUUGAGACAGAGACGUGGGACGGUAAACACAUAGUGCUCUCGGCCGUAACAGCAGGGAUCAGGUCGAACUGGGUCUCGGCGAUAAGGAGAACAGCUGGUCUACCAGACUCUGGCCCUCUCUCGCUCAUUCUGCGGGAGGAUUCUGUGGAUCAAACAUCAGAGGCUUCUACUUCCCCCGUCACACCCGUUACACCAAAUACCAUGAAAUCAGCACCAUUCUCCUCAGAUGAAGAAUAUAGAACCGCGUCUGAGGGUGGGCGCAGAGACAGUGCAGACUGGGGAGAUGUAGCACCGCCAGCGUCUCAACCACCUACUUCGCCUGUUCCCAACCGAACGCCGAUAUCUAAAGUAAAAGAUAAGGUUCGCGCAAGAGGCUGUCAUCCUGCUUCAGUUAAAGUUGAUAUUAAAUGCGAUAGGGAUGAAAUCGACGCAUCAAAAGAAAAUGAACGCCCGACAGACAACAUCAUCGAAGAAAACGAAAAACCAAAUGAACCCAGGAAACGUAGCUACAUUUCGACAAUCGAUAAGCAAUCUAUCGAGAUUGAAGAUUUACGGAAACAGCUAAAAUUAGCGCUCAAUAAUGUCAACACAGCAGAAUCUGAGUUAGCGCGUCUUAGGAAGCUAAAAUCUGAGUCUGCGUUAAGAGAGAAGAAGAUGGAAGAGUUAGUUAUAGCGUUACAAAAGAAAGAGGAAGAAUUAUCUCUUAGAACAAAAGAGGCCGAAAAUUUAGACGCCAUAAAACAACUUUACAGUCAGGAUAAAAAUAUGUGGGAAACAAAGUUGACGGAAACUCAAAACGUCUUGAAAGAGUCGACUGAACAUUGCGAACUAUUAACCAAACAACUAAGCGCCGCUCAAGACACCGUGAAACAGCUCCAGAAGGAGUUGAGCGAGCUUAAUGAUAAAUUGCUAAGAAGCGUAAAAGAAAACGACCGCUUAUACGCCAGAAUCAGAGAAUUAGAAAAUAAAGUCAUCGCCGAAUCACCGACUAAGGAAAAGAGGAAAAGUGUCGGUUCUCUUCACGAAUUGAGCAACAUCGACGAAAAUUUAAAUCUCGAGUCUUUAGAGAAGAAUAGACUGAUCGAAGAAUAUGUAGAGUUAAGGGGUAGGUUCUUAAGGGCCAUACAAGAAAUAAAAAGUAUGAAGAGGGAGCUUCGAGAGUCACACAACAUGUACGAUGAACUAGAGAUAACGAAUAUGAAAUUAAUAAACGAAAUGAAACUUAGAGAACAAUGCAGUAAAUCAGAAAUUGAUCUGAUGGCAGCGCGCAUUCUGGAUUUAACGCAGAAAUUGACCGCGUCCGAUAAACAAGUUCGUACGCUGAAACAUAAAAUUCAGAAGACAGAAUCGAGGGAGAAACGACGAAGCUUGUCUCUUAAGGGUCGUGAAUCUUUCACUCUGGGCAAGGAAGUCGAAGAGAAAUUAACAGAACUCGAGAAUAAAAUUACUCUUCUAGAAACUGGAGAACCAGUUCCUACGAUAAAUUCGCCUUCGAAGAGCGGUUCGCCAGUUAAAGAGAAGGUCCCAAAAUCUGACGGAGUAACAGAUGAAAAGAGAAUGAAAAGGUUAGCAGCGCGCCUUCGACGAAAAUCUCUGGAUAGUGCGACGAGCUCUGAGCCCAUGAAAAUGUUGGUCAGAUUGAGUUCAUUAGAAACAAAGGUCGCGUCUGUGCUUGAAAAUCGUCGAGACUUGGCAAACUCCUGUGAAUCUCUAAGUCAAGCGGAGAGAUCCAUCUUGAGUGAAAGCCAAGAGAACUCUAUGGGCACUCAAUCCCAGAGGCAUCUAUUAGACAGGCUUCAAACCCUCGAAAGCGCUGUGAUACACUCUAGAAAUAAGGUGAACGACUGUCUGUGCCAAAUGAGUGCGAUGCGAGCCGCUAAGUCGAGAAGAUCUCCUUCGCCCAGCUUAGAAAAGAAGUACAGUCUUAAAUCGAUGGAAAAAUGUCUAUCUGACGUCAGUAAGAGGCUACAAGAGUGUUUUGAUAAAUGCGUGAUCGACUCCGGCGAGGAACAUCAGACCGAAGAGGUACACGAUAGCAUCGCGCAAGUGGUCAUUCAGCUAGAAGAACAGCUCAGAAUGAAAUUAUUAGACAUCUCGAAACGAAAAGCGGCACUCUACGAGGCUGGCGAAUUAUCGCAAAGGAAGAGCUUAGAGCUUCUAGCUGAAAAGCUCGCGUACGAAGCGGUGCUCGUUGGUAGAAUUCAAGAAGCCCUAGAGUCCUCAAACGGCAGCAGAUUCUUCGCGAGGUUGAUCAAGUCUGAAAUAACUGAAACUAGUCAAUUAAUCGACAACCUUAAGUGUAAGCUGAACGGUAAGAGCGGCAAGAAUUUCGACAUGACUAAGAGUUCCCUGGACUAUCUCGCGAAGAUUCUUUCGCGGAAAAUUGACGUCAUGAACGGAACCGUAGAGGACGACACGAGACGCUCUAAGCUCAUAGUUCACGGCGCUGAUUUGGAAGCGUUGAAGGCAUCACAGCGAGAGGUGGCCGAGGCCGUAGAGCAAUAUAAAACUGAUAAGUUGAUUGAACUGUGCUCGGCGCUUGCGGGUGAAACGUUGUCUUUUACCUCUCCUAACGAUAGCGACUUUGAGCAACACCGUGCUAACACAGAGGCCGCACGGGUACGAGAAGCGUGGGCCUCCGCGCGCGACACGCUCGGCGCCGAACUAGUCCAAGCCGAGGUGGCGCGGGCCCUCGCCAGGGCUGCGCAGCAGUGCGAGCGCCGCCUGGACGAUUCCCGAUCCUUGCGACUCACGCUGACCGCGCAGGACCGAGCCGACCUAGAGCUGUGGUGGCAGGCGGCGCACGACCACCUGCGCUGUGAAAUGGACGCCGCCGUGCGCGACAUCGCAGCCCGCUACCGAGAAUGCCUCACCGCCGACCGUAAAGAAGGGUCUCCGGGACUCGACAGCCGCGCGCUCCUGCAGCAGCUGGCCGACGUCCUCGCCCAGAAGGCGCUGGUGGACGCUCGCGUCGCCGUCGUCGAGGGAACGUAUCGCGCCUCGGAGCCGAGAGACGCGUCCCCGCGCCCCGACGACGCCGUGUCCUCGUUGGAGACGGACCCGACCGCCGAAGCCGAGUUCGUCUACCUGUUCCAGCGCUUCUCGAACGAGUGCCGUGCGCUCUUCUCCAGUGACUGUUCAGGCAACAGUGAAGACUCGAUGAAGAUCUGCGAGAGCCUCGAACGAGUGGAAACGGCGGUCGCGGAGGUGCAACGGCGACUGGGGAGUGACGACCCCUCGCAACCGGAGAGCCAGGCUUUGGCGCCGUGUCAGCAUUGCAAGAGACUGCAGGAGGCACUUGAGCGUCUCGGGGCAGAAAGGGCGCGCGGCGAGUGUGCGCUAGCGCAGCAGGCAGGUGCAUUAGCGGCCGCGAGACGUGCCCGUGCUCAACUACAAACGCAGCACGAGCGCGAGCGGGCCACAUUGCGCGAACGUGCACGAACGUUGCAGAGGCGUCUCGCCGCCUUAGACUCUGAAUACUCAGCGCAGCUUGAGAGUCUACGUGCCGCUUAUCAGAGUGCAGUAUCAGCGGACACCCACGGCGACGGACUUCGGGCGCGUUAUCAGCAGGAAAUCGAACAACUGCGUGCGCUCUGCGAGAAGGGUCUGAUGGCAAUGGAGAGCUCUCAUCGGCGAAUUGUGCGCGAAAUGGAGGACAAGCAUCGCGCAGAGAGGGAACAACUAAGGUUGGAGAAAGAACAAGCGCUAGCAGAAGAGACUCGGGCCACACUAGCGGCGUUAGACGCGAUGCGAAAGGCGCACGAGAGCGAGGUACGACGCGAGGUCGACAAAUUCAAGCAGGAAUUCCUCGCGAGAGGUUCCACGGACCUGUCACAGAUCAGCACCAGGCACCAACAAGAAAUGGAGGAGAUAAAACGCGAGAUUCUCUCGCUCUCCGAAAAGUAUUCGGUGAAAUGCGUCGAAAGUGCUGCGCUCGAGGAGAGGCUCGCCACCGCCACAGCCCAACUUGCGCACGCGCACAACCAUAUAAUGCAGCUCGAUGCCAGGAACAAGCAACUGCGCGCUCACCUCAUAUCGGAAGCAAAUGAUUUAAAAGCUGCAGAAGCGUCCACGCUGUCUCAACUCAUCGAGGACACUGCGCCGCAUGAGCGGGAGGCACCGCUGUGGGACCACUUGCGCCAUCUCGCGGCGGUCUGGCAGAACAACGCGACAGACGAGAUCGACCCGAUCAAGCCCGCUCUUGGAGGCGGCUCGGCCGAACCGUCCCGCCAAGAUACAGUUCGCCAAGACAGAGAACACCAGAAAUCUACAGCUGUCCCCUGUUCAGAAUUGAAAUCGAAGCAGCGAAGUCAAGACAGCGGGCGUGUAAGCCUCUCCCUCCUUGGCAUGGUCGCCGAACGCAAGAAACGUUUCGAGCUAUAG